AUGACCUCCCCAACCCAGCCGACGCUCCUCAUCUCCGCCUCCCCGUCCUCCUCCCCCCUCGUCGAAGACUUCAUAGCCAGCGCCCUCUCCUCAGGCACCCGCGUGCGCCUGACCUCCCCUCUCCCCGCCCACACCACCUCCUUCGCCGAGGCCGCAGCAUGCGGAAAACUCACCAUCACGCCCAUCACGACCCCAGACUCCUACCGCACAGCUCUCGACAACGUGACGUCGAUCUUCCAUCCGGCCCCCGUCGACGAGAACGGCGAGCCCGAGACGAACGAGGCGCUCGCCCUCCUCGACGCGACGAUGAAGUACGGCACGUUUGUGCGCAAGGUUGUCUACGCUGCGCCGUCGCUCGGAAGCCGGGAUGAAGGGUGGAACCCUGCGAGGGGCGACGGAGUGAUUGACAGGUGGGUAGAGGAGAGGAGCGCGGGAGCCGUAAAGGUGCCAUUCGGCGUGGUGUGCAUGGGUUUCGACAUUGACUUGGGUGGAAAGGGUCUCGAGGGUGCUGUUAGACGAGCCGUUGAGAUCUGA